CACUGCUGUUAUGUCCUGGGUACAAGUUGCAGUCAGCCGAUCCAGUGAGGAUAUAUUUGAUGAAGAUGCAGAUGAGAUGUAUCUACUACAGAAAGAAUGGAACAGCACCAUGAAAAAAAGAUUAAAGGAAGGCUAUAGGGACGGAAUUGAGGCUGGGAAAGAACUUGCACUCCAGGAAGGCUUUAAUCAAGGUUACAGACACGGUGCUGAGCUGAUGGUUACAUGUGGCCAGUUCAGAGGAACCCUGAAUGCUCUGUUAUCCUGGUGUCAUUUUAAUGGACAUGAUUCUGCUUUAAGUAAGAUAAAUAAUCUCCUUGAUGUGGUUGGAAGGCAUGAAGAAGAUGUGCUUAAGUAUCUGAAUUCUAUUGAACAGCCACAUAUCGGACACAUUUUAGAUUCUGUUCAGGACAUGGACCUUAAUCACACAGCUCCAGCUGGGACAGAGUACAAUGAAGUUAAAGCUGGAAAACAUGAAGACAUUGGCAGCUCUGGUGAAAACAUUUGUAGAAAUAAUGGUGAGGUUGGUUCCUUGCAGUCUGCAUGCAGCAAGGCAAAACUCUGCACAGAUCCUGAAAGGUCAACCCUUGCUUGGGUUAAAAAGCAGACUAUUUGGCUAGUAGAACAACUGGGCUUAUCACUGGAUAUACUCCAUCAUGUGCAGCAACUGGAACAUUAGUUUUUCUG